CAGCAGCAUCAGCACCCUCCUCUUCGUCCUCCUGAGCGGCGGCAGAGCGACAGGCUGGAGUCCUGGUACUCGUACACUCACUGGUUCCCGAUGGCGUCGGGCCACGUGAUGAAGGACGACGGCGAGCCCAUCCCCAGGAUGCAACCGGCCAUGAUGAUGUUCUCCAGCAAGUACUGGUCGCGGCGCGGGCUGUCGCUGGACUCGGCCAUGUUUGACCAGCAGCAUCAGCGGCAGCGGCACACCGGCGGACAGAUGUCGAGGCGUCCGUCCUUCUGUCCCAUCAACGAGAAGCCGGACAAAGAGGGCACAGAGGAUUCUGGGAAAACGGCAGUGGUGUUUUCUCUGAAGAACGAGGUCGGCUGUCUGGUCAAAGCUCUCAGACUGUUUCAGGAGAAGCACGUGAACCUGAACCACAUCGAGUCUCGGAUGUCGAAGCGAGUUCCUAACGAAGUGGAGAUCUUUGCAGACUGCAGCUGCAGCAAGAAAGAGUUCAAUGAGCUGCUGGAGCAUCUCAAAGACCACGUCAACAUCGUGUCCUUCAAUACGCCAGCACAUGUGUGGUGUGCCGAAGCAGAUGAAGACGAGGUUCCCUGGUUUCCCAUGAAGAUCUCCGAGUUGGAUCAGUGCUCUCACAGAGUGCUGAUGUACGGGUCCGAGCUGGACGCCGACCAUCCCGGGUUUAAAGAUAAUGUUUAUCGCCAGCGCAGGAAGUACUUUGUGGAAGUGGCCAUGAAUUAUAAGUUCGGGCAGCCCAUCCCUCGUAUCGAGUACACGGAGGAGGAGGUGAAGACGUGGGGCGUGGUGUUCAGAGAGCUGACCAAACUGUACCCGACUCACGCCUGCAAAGAGUACCUGAAGAACCUGCCGCUGCUCACUAAGCACUGUGGCUAUAGAGAGGACAACAUCCCGCAGCUGGAGGACGUCUCACUGUUCCUCAGAGAGCGCUCUGGCUUCACCGUUCGCCCGGUGGCAGGUUAUCUGUCUCCCAGAGACUUCCUGGCUGGUUUGGCCUACAGAGUCUUCAACUGCACUCAGUACAUCCGGCACAGCACCGACCCGCUCUACACCCCCGAGCCGUGAGUACCUCCACCUCACACCCACCUUUCAUCCAUCUGUAGUUUGAUGAGUUUGAUGAUCUCAGCAUCACGCAGACAAAGAGGUGAAAUCCACUCUUGUUAUUUCUUCACCAUCGAGUUCGGACUGUGCAAACAGGACGGUCAGCUGAGAGCUUAUGGAGCCGGUCUACUGUCGUCUAUUGGAGAGUUGAGGCAUGCCCUGUCUGAAAAGGCGUGUGUAAAGAUGUUUGACCCGAAGACGACCUGCAACCAGGAGUGUCUCAUCACCACCUUCCAAGAGGUUUACUUCGUGUCGGAGAGCUUUGAGGAGGCCAAGGAGAAGAUGAGAGAGUUUGCAAAGACGAUAAAGCGCCCGUUCUCGGUGUACUACAACCCGUACACUCAGAGCGUCGACCUGCUCAAAGACACCCGCAGCAUCGAGGACGUGGUGCAGGACCUGCGCAGCGACCUCACCACCGUGUGCGACGCCCUGGGGAAGAUGAACACCUACAUGGGCAUCUGAAGCCGGGGACGCACCACCAAGCUUCUGCAGAACAUCAGCCGCCAUCACGCGUCCAUCUACGCCUCUGAGUCCAAUGUAGCAACCACAGGAAGUCAUUAGCUAUCAUACCGGCUCAUAGUCUGUAUCACAGCGCCACGAAUCCAUCAAUGAUGACUUACUGAUCAGGUCAAAGGUCACCGAGACCCUGCCCAAGCAUCUGCAGGUGUUUCCUCAUGAAGGCAGAUCCGGGACGAGGAGCGCUCCCUGUAAGGCUCCCCACGCCGAUCCAGAGCUGCGUUCACACGAACCACAGAGCAAAGUUUCACCUCGCUGUGUGCAGCAUUCACGUCCCCGUCCGUGUGACUGCCUGCAAAGAGUCAAAGGCCUGUUUUUGACGCUUUCUACGUUCGUCUG